CAGACGUUGAUUUCUAUGGUAUCUGGGAUAUAAUUGCUUGACAGUAGUCUUUAAUUGAUUCUCCGGCUGUAUUAACGCUUGCGUGUCACUUCAAAACAAGCCCACACCCAUACAGAGAGAGUACCACACCACUAAUACACACGAUGCUCCAAUUCUCCUUCUCCCUCCCUCGCAUCUUCCCCCUCUGGGAACGAUCCCAAUUCAAAAUCCCACCACCUAAAAGCCACGACCUCGAAAAUGCACCUGAAAAGCCCGCCCGCGCGCUAAAGUACCUGAUCAAACUGAACCACGCCAAUCAUGCCAUUUUGUUCCAUGAAAGGAAGUUUUAUAAUCAUGUUCCUCACUUACUGAGUUCGGCGUGGGUACAAGGUGCUGAUGCGGAUGAGUUGCAUCGGUUGUAUGAAGAUGAAAGUAAGGCGAUGGAGCCGUGGGUUGAUUCGCCGGGGGAGAUUAGUUUGGAUGAUUGGAGGGAUUUUCUUGGGCGGAGGGAGUAUCAACGGGCAUUCGUGAACUACUUUGAAGACGAACUUGUCCGGCAAGGAUAUGACUGGAAAGAAGUCGUCAACGAAUACCUCUUCUCCGGAGAAGAACCUCUAUUCAACUCCCUCAUCACAGACCUCGGCCAUCCCCUAAUCCACCUAUCCUACGCCUACGAAUUCUCUAGCCGCGAACUCGCCAUGGAAGCCCUAGGCCUCGCAGCAACAACCCACAACCCAAUCCACAAAUACCUCUCCGACCCCAUCUACACCAAAACAGAAUCCUCCUACCACACACCCUCCCUCUUCGACAUCCUGUCCCGCGUGCGCACCGACAAACGCUUCCACGGGCUCUUCGGCACACCCGGAAACGAGAACAUCGAGCAAAUCUUCUCCACUCGCGAAGAUGCACUACUCGAUCACUGGAAUGCGUGGAGCAUCGAGGGCGAUACUGCCAAACAGUUCCGUGAGACACAGGAACUCGCUACAGCAUUACUACUAGGCACACAUGCGGACGGCUCGGAGGGGUAUGAUUUCUUCUUCCUCCACGUCCUGACUACUAGCCACGCUGUCCGCAUCUUACUCCCUCUGAUCCCGGCGAAGUUCCAGCUCCCGCUCGUCCGGCAGUGGUGGCUUAUGACGCUAUCCGUGUACAUCGCCCAAUUGCGUCCUGAGAUCCAUGUCAACAGAAUUCAGGACGUCGAGUUGAAAGGGAGGGACUGGAAAUGGGUUGCUGGGAUGGCGGUUAAGGGGGAGAAGAAGGACGCGCAUUAUGUGAAGGUGUUGAGGGUGUUGAGGGAGGCGGCGGGGACUUGGGGGGAUGACGAGGGGUAUUAUCUUAGGGCGGCGGCUAGGUUUGCGGAGGAGUUUGUUGGGUGGGGUGGGUUUGUUUAGUUGUUAGAUUGUAUGGUAUGUUUAGAUGGUUAGAGGCGUAUGGUUUUCUUUGAUAUGACUGUCAUGUUGGAGUAUUUGAGAACCAAUUGGUCCCUAAUAUGGGAGAUGGCUCUUGUAAGAUAGAACCCACGAGGCCAUUCACUAGAAAGAUAUUCACUGUAGACAAGUAUUAUCACCGUGUUUCUCGCUUGUGAUUAUAGAAGUCCUAUUCCAACGCAGUUUCCAAACUCUUCCC